CAACUGAAUUCAUUUAAGGACACUAUAAAAAUUUUUGGCUUUACAAAAAUUAAUAAACUAAAACUUUAAAACAGAAGAAAAUAAAAAUGAUGAAAUUUUUGGUUUUGCUUCUUUGUUUUGUGAGCCAUGUUACUUUAAGUUGGGUUCCAGAAAUGGAGAAUAAAAAUCUUUUUGAAGGAGACAUGGUGUUGACUCCUGACGAUAUAAAUUCAAAUGGUUACGCGAGCAUUGUUGGAGGAAGGUGGCCUAACAAUAUAGUUCCUUAUGAAUUAAGUAGAAUGAGUUCAUCAAAUCAUAUCCACGUUUUAAGAGCAAUCGAUGAGUAUCAUAAACACACAUGUCUCAAGUUUGUAAAAAGAACAAACCAAGAUGCUUAUCUGAGCUUUUAUCCUGGUGGAGGUUGUUCCUCGCUAGUCGGUUAUGUACGAGGAAGAAUAAACGAUGUUUCAUUAGCUGGUGGUUGCUUGCGACUUGGUACAGUAAUGCAUGAAAUUGGACAUAGCAUAGGUUUAUAUCAUGAACAAAGCAGGCCUGACCGUGAUGAUCAUGUGACUAUAAUUUGGAAUAACAUUCAGUCAAACAUGAGAUUUAACUUCGAUAAGUUUGACCGUAACAAGAUUAACAGCUUGGGAUUCCCUUAUGAUUAUGAAUCAAUGAUGCACUAUGAUCAAACAGCAUUUGGUGGAGGUCAGGUGACCAUUCGCACUAAAGAUCCAAGUAAACAAAAAUUAAUUGGAAAUAGACAAGGGUUUAGUGAAAUAGAUAAACAACAGAUUAACGCUAUGUACAACUGCAAUCGAGGUGGAUCAACUCUUCCCCCAUCUGUUCCUCCUACUGUUUCUCCAGUAGCUCAAUGUGUGGAAGGUCAAGAUUUGGAUAAUAGAUGCUUGGGAUGGGCAACUUCAGGUUAUUGCACAGCAACAGAUCCUGCUCAUUUGGAAACUAUGAAAAAGAAAUGCUGCAAAUCCUGUAAAGAAAGCGCUAUAUGUAACGACAAAAAUACUCGGUGUGACGAAUGGGCUAAAAAAGGUGAAUGUAAAGCCAACCCAAAUUGGAUGCUUGGAAACUGUUCUAAAUCUUGUCUUGUGUGUAAAUAAAAUAUGCAAUAUUUAUUUUUAUAAUCUGCACUCAUUAGCUUAUCAUGAACAACUGGCUAAAAAAAUAAUAA